AUGGACUUCCAUUCGCUACUUCGCAAAGCCAAACAGGGCAUUGAGGAUUUCCUGCCAGGCGAAGAGAGGCAUUCGCAUACCCAUGAUGGCCAUGAGUGUCACGAGGACGAUGCCCACGCCGAGUACGGCACCAACCGAUACUGCUCAUUCGCUCCGCAGAGUUCGGGUCACCCCAAGUGGUAUGUCGACGGCGCCUCGUAUUUCUGGGCCGUCUCCAUGGCCCUGGAAGAGGCUCGAGAAUACAUCUACAUCCUGGACUGGUGGCUGAGUCCGGAACUGUACCUGCGUCGCCCCCCUGCCCGCAAUGAGCGCUACCGCUUGGAUAAGAUGCUCCAGGCUGCGGCUGAGCGCGGCGUAAAGGUCUACGUAAUUGUGUACAAGGAGGUGCCCCAGGCCUUGACAUGUGAGCACCCGCAGCACACCAAGCAUGCUCUGGAAGCCCUCCAUCCCAACAUCAAGGUCUUCCGCCACCCCGACCACCACCACAGUGGCAAUGACUUUGUCACGGGACUCCAAGAGCUCCAUUCCAGCCUGCAGAAUUUCAGCCUGAAGACGUUCGAUCUUGCCAGGGCGUCCCAGGAUGCCGUGAAGUCACUCUACGGCACCGCAGAUGAUAUCGUCCUGUUCUAUUCCCACCAUGAGAAACUCUGCCUCAUCGACGGGAAAUUGGCAUUCAUGGGUGGCCUGGAUAUGUGCCAUCCCAUCGCCGACGCCCAUCCCGGCAACAUGGAUGAUCUUGUGUUUCCUGGACAAGAUUACAACAACGCCAGGAUCUACGACUUUGAGGAUGUCGAGAAGUGGGAGAAUAACAAACUCGACCGCACCAAGAGCUCCCGGAUGGGAUGGUCGGAUAUCAGCAUCAGCCUUUCGGGACCCAUCGUAGACAGUCUGGCAAUCCACUUCACCCAGCGAUGGAACUUCAUCUUCAACAAGAAGUACAGCACGCGGGACAUUGGAAAGUACCAGCUUCUUCAGGCACCGCAGGCGCAUCGAGGCGCGGAGAGCCACCUCUUGGGUGACGGCGAGGACUAUUUUGGCGGGCUGCAAAACCGCUUCUCGCGGCACAUGCACCGCUUCCUUGGGGACGAGGGAGAAGCACCUCGCGCGGCGCCGCACCGCGAAAGUGAUGGCGCCCAUAUCCAGCUGACCAGAAGCUGCUGUAAAUGGUCGAUGGGUACAAGCACAGAGCACUCGAUCGCCAACGCCUAUAUCGAGGCCAUCAAGAACGCCAGACACUUUGUCUACAUCGAGAAUCAGUUCUUCAUCACUGCCACAUCAGACAAGCAAAAGCCGGUUAGCAACAGAAUUGGCCGGGCCAUCGUGGACCGUAUCGUCCGCGCCCACCAGAACAACGAGGAGUUCCAUAUCAUCGUCAUGAUGCCUGCCGUCCCCGCCUUUGCUGGAGACCUCAAGUCCGAGGGCGCCCUCGGCACCAGGGCCAUCAUGGAGUUCCAGUACGACUCGAUCAAUCGCGGCGGCAGCAGCAUUAUCGAGACGCUGCGGAGCUCAGGAGUCGAGGACCCCCACAAGUACAUCAACUUCUACAACCUGCGCAGCUACGACCGCAUCAACUCGAGCGCCAUCAUGGGCCGCGCGGAACGCGAAAGCGGCGUGCGCUACGGGGAGGCCCAGCGCGAGUACAACGAGCGCUACGAAGGAGGCAGCCACGGCGACAGCCAAUACCGCCGCUACCAAGAAGCCGCCAGCCACCUCUCCGACCAAACCUGGAACUCGGUCUCGGCCUGCUACAUGGACAACGGCCCCGACCUGGGCAGCGUGCCCUGGUCCGGCUCACCCGAAGACGAACUCAACGCCUUCGUCUCCGAACAGCUCUACAUCCACAGCAAAGUCCUCAUUGCCGACGACCAGCUCGUCAUCUGCGGCUCCGCCAACCUCAACGACCGCUCCCAGCUCGGCAACCACGACAGCGAAAUCGCCGUCAUCAUCGAGGACCCCACCCCGGUGCGCUCCACCAUGGCCGGACACGUCUACACCGCCUCCGCCUUCGCCACCUCCCUCCGCCGCCAGCUCUUCCGCAAGCACCUCGGCCUCCUCCCUCACCAACCCCCCGACGCCGCCACGCGCAACUGGACCCCCGUCACGCACGGCCCCCCCACCAACGACUACGACUGGGGCUCACCGGCCGACCGCCUCGUCCAAGACCCACUGGCGCGCGGAUUCCUCGAUCUCUGGCGCAGCACGGCGCGGCGCAACACGGAGAUCUUCCGGCGGGCGUUCCACCCGGUUCCCGACGACGAGAUGCGCACGUGGGAGGACUACGACCGGCUGUUCUCGCGGUAUUUCGUCAUGCCGGGGGAGACGGCGGAGCAGGCGGCGGAGGGGUACCAGCAGGGCAAGGUGGACUACGGGCACGUGCGGCCGGGGGAUUUCCCCGGCGGGGUGCGGGAGCUGAAGGAGUGGCUGGGCGGGGUGCGCGGCACGCUGGUGGAGAUGCCGUUGCAGUUUCUGAUUGAUGUGGAUGAUUUGGCCAAGGAUGGGUUGGCGUUGAAUACGCUGACGGAUGAGUUGUAUACGUGA